AUGUUGCUGAGAGGCGCCAGUGUAGCUGCUGUUCUGCUGCUGCUGUGUGUCCAGAGUCUGUACGGUUCGGCUCUUCCUGCUGUAUCCUCUUAUGAGUUCACAGCCUACAGGAUGCAACAGUACAACGUGGUACAGCAGAAGCAUGGUUGCCGUGGGGCCAUUGUGGUGGCGGAGGCCCGCGCAGCAGAUGAGCCGGUCCUGAACCGCCGCUGUGUCAUCAUGAAGGUGGUGGACUUCACCACAGAAAAAUACCUUGAGGCACAGAGGCAAAGUGCUGCUGCCAUAAUGAUCCUGCUGCCCAAAAAUAUCUCCAGUGUCCCCCAUGAAAAUGUACAGUCUUUCAUGGUCAGUGAGAGUGAGGCCUUGCAGAAGGUGAACCUCAUGCCUGUGUAUGUGGUGCCUGAGGAUGAACAGCUGCUUUACAUGUAUGAGGAGGUGAAGCAAGCUGCAGCCACUCGGACCUCAUCUAUAUUCAUCAGAGUCCUUCGAAGUAUGGUCACAGCUACAGCCUUUCAGAUCUUAGUGAGUAACAAUUCCCCCAUCAAGGCCAUCACUGACAACACCAUUGUCACCCUGGAGGGAGUGCUUCCUGGAACAGGGGAGGAUGCACCCACUAUUGUCAUCACUGCCCACUACGAUUCCUUUGGGCUGGCACCGUGGUUGUCAUAUGGAGCAGACUCUAAUGGCAGUGGGGUCACAAUCCUGCUAGAGUUGGCUCGUCUUUUCCAGAAGCUUUAUAGUAGCCCAAGCACCAGACCACCAUAUAAUUUAAUGUUCUCUUUAACUGGAGGAGGAAAAUACAAUUUCCUUGGCACAAAGAGAUGGAUUGAGGAGAAUCUGGACCAUGCUGAGUCCAGCCUGCUCCAUGACAAUGUGGCAUUUGUUCUUUGUUUGGAUACACUGGCCAACAGUGAUAAACUGUACAUGCAUGUAUCCCGCCCUCCUAAACAGGACACUCCACUACAGUCUUUCAUUCAGCAAAUGGAGGAGGUGGUUUCCUCCAGAUUUCCCUGGGUGAAAGUGGGACUGGUCCACAAGAAGAUCAAUCUUGUGGAGUCCACAGUAGCCUGGGAGCAUGAGCGCUACAGCCUGCGCAGGAUACCAAGCUUUACUCUGUCUCAUCUGGAAGAUCCCAAAUCUGAGCUCCGUGGUUCCAUACUGGACACUAUGUCACAAGUGGACUUCAGGAAACUUAAGCGUAACGGCCUCAUCAUAGCAGAAGCGCUGGCACGUUACAUGUACAAUCUCUCUGACAAGGGUUCACCAAAAGAUGUGCAGGUUUUCAAGGGCCAGUUGGACUUUCAGGACGGCCGUAUGACCAAUCUGAUGUCCUUCCUGACGUCAGUCCCGCGGGCCACCCAGCUGCUGGAUAAAGAGCCCAGUCACAUCCUGCUGGUUAACUCACUGGAGCACGAGUUCAAACGUUACCUGCAGCAGGUUCACAGACAUGCUUUUCGACAGGACAAGAGGGACCCCGAUAUUACCUUUUUUGAUCAAAUGGACCAACCAAUAGUGAUGUACAGAGUGAAGCCUGCAGCCUUUGAUCUCUUCCUUGGCGGCUGCAUCGCUGCUUAUUUGGGAAUUGUUUACUAUGCCAUUCAGAAUUGUGGUUAUCUCUACACAAAGCUCAAAGCAGCAGUGAAAUCCAAGCACCAGUGAAAAGGACUGUGAACACUGAAAAGGGCUUUGAAGUCUGCACUGUGUAUGGUGGACUUCUGCUUCACUGGCUGUGCAGAACAUGAAAGCAAUGCAACAAGAAUCUUCUGAGACUGAUCAUAUGCACGACUUACAAUGUAUGCAUUUGCUUUGAAAUGUAUACUGUUUUAAAGAUUUUUGUACCUUUCGUUUUA